UUUGUGCUCACUACAACCACCAUGACACUAGCAGCUGCCAACCUCCUCCUACGAGCUGCACAACGAUUUGCUACCAUAGACUUUCUUUACCAACUGUGUGCUCUCCGACACAUCCACCUACUCUUGACCGUCAUUCUUGCCACGGUUAUCAUCUACCUCAUACGCAGGCCUAGAGCCGUGUACCUAGUCGACUACGCUUGCUUCAGAACUAGUAACGAGUGUCGAGUCCCAAAGGCCAGCUUCUUCGAGAACGCACGCCUUUCGCCCUUCUUGCGCGACUCUACCAUUGACUUCAUAGCUCGUGUGCUCGAGCGCUCCGGCUUGGGUGAAGAGACAUGCCUGCCACAUGCACAUCACUAUGAAGGCCAAGACUGCUGUCUCGAUGAAGCACGUGCCGAGGCCGAGCUGGUCGUCUUCUCGUCCAUCGACGACCUGUUGGCAAAGACGACGUUCAUCAGCCUGGAUGCGUUCGACGUCCUGAUCACCAACUGCAGCCUCUUCUGCCCGGUGCCAUGCAUCGCCGACAGGAUCAUGAACAGGUACAAGUUGCGACGCGACAUCCGCAUCGUCAACCUCUCCGGCAUGGGUUGCAGCGCCGGUGUGACCGCGGUGGGGCUCGCGAGGAACAUCCUGCAGGUCCUUCCUUGGGGAUCGCAUGUGCUGGUGGUGUCCACGGAGACCCUUGGUCCGUUCUACUACAAGGGGAACACGCGUUCCAUGCAGCUGGGAAACAUCUUGUUCCGCAUGGGCGGCAGCGCCAUGCUGUUGUCGACUUAUGAUGGUGCUUAUCGGUGCGUUUACCAGGAGGACGAUCGUGAGGGGAACAUAGGGCUCACUCUGUCAAAAGACCUCAUGGCCAUCGCUGGAGACGCGCUCAAGGCCAACAUCACCGCAACUGGGCCACUUGUCCUACCAACCUCAGAGUUGAUCAAGUAUCUUCUUUUCUCUGCAGCGAGGAAGGUGCUCCACCGGAGGAAUAUCAGACCAUACAUCCCCGAUUUCCGCAUGGCAUUUGAGCACUUCUGCAUCCAUGUCGGUGGACCGGCAGUGAUAAACUCAGUACAGCUUGGCCUCGGUCUAUCUGACGAGCAUGUGGAGCCAUCGCGUAUGACGCUGCAUCGGUUUGGGAACCAAUCGAGUGCAUCUUUGUGGUACGAGUUGGCAUACAUCGAGGCUAAGGGCCGAAUGCGGAAGGGUGACAGAGUGUGGAUGAUCGGUUUCGGAGCUGGGUACAAGUGCAACACUGCGGUGUGGGUAUGCACCCGACCAUCCGUUGAUGCCAAUGGGCCAUGGGCCAGCUGCAUCCACCGCUACCCGGUGAAUGUCUCCAAAGAAGGUUAA